UGCGCGUGCUCAGCUGUUGUUAUUACGUAGAUUUUCGGUUAUUUUUUUUUUUUUUAUUAAGAGGUGGUUAAAAUUAAUAUUUAUCGCGAGCUGUUGUUAAAAUAGGUUUUAAACACAUCUUGAUGGCAUUUCGAAAGAGUACUUAGCGUAACGUCACAGGCUAACGUAAACAACGUCGACGCGACGUUUGGACUUAAAAUUACCGUAAAAGAACAGUUACUCCUAUUAAAAUACAAAUAUGACAGAGUUCAAAGAAAAAGCUUUGAGUCUGAAGUCUGAUGUUACUACAGUCGCCGUCAGGAAUGAUGUGAAGGAGACCAAUAAACCGAACAGAAAGGUUCUUGAUGAAGAUGAAUAUAUUGAGAGUUUGGAGAAGAUCAUCCAGAGGGAUUUUUUCCCAGAUGUCACCAAACUUCAAGCGCAGAAGGAUUAUCUGGAAGCGGAGGAGAACGGAGAUCUGGAGCGGAUGAGGGAGAUUGCCAUCAAAUACGGGUCUGUGAUGGCUAAAUACACCCCACGAACCUAUGUGCCCUAUACGACUCCCUCAACAUUUGAGACCCCAGACGGUCGAAGUGCAUCUCCCUCUUGUUCACAGAGCAAACACAGAGCAGCGAAAGACGAUGGAAAAGAUGCUGAAAAAACAGAGGAGAAGGAUCUUCCGUCUCUGGACCGUUUUCUUGCUAAAAACACGAGUGAAGACAACGCGUCCUUUGAGCAGAUAAUGGAGCUCGCGGAGGACAAGGACAAGCUGAGGCAUGCGUGGCUCUAUGAGGCGGAAAAUGAAUUUAAAGAGAGGCACGAGCAAAACCUCGCUCUGCCGUCCACAGAGAAACAGGCGCUUGAGUGCACCAAGGCAGGAGUGGAAACAUGGCAGUACAAGGCCAAAAACGCUCUCAUGUACUACCCUGAAGGUGAAAAAGAUGACACGCUGUUCAAGAAGCCACGGGAGGUCCUGUACAAGAACACACGGUUUGAUGCUGACCCCUUCUGUAAAGCCCUGAACAAAUCCCAAAUCCAGCAAGCUGCUGCACUCAACGCACAGUUUAAACAAGGUAAGGUUGGUCCAGACGGCAAAGAGCUCCUUCCUCACGAAUCCCCCAAAGUGAAUGGAUACGGAUUUGAAGGAGAAGCCUCACCUGCUCCCGGUGUUGCAGAGUCUCCUCUGAUGACUUGGGGUGAGAUCGAAAGCACUCCGUUUCGUCUCGAUGGCUCAGAUACGCCACUUGUGGAGAGAGGUCACGGUCCCUCAUUCAAGAUUCCAGAGCCUGGGAGAAGAGAGCGUUUGGGACUUAAAAUGGCCAAUGAGGCUGCGGCAAAAAACAGAGCUAAGAAACAGGAGGCACUGCGAAAAGUCACUGAAAACCUUGCAAGCCUCACUCCAAAGGGACUGAGUCCCGCGUUGCUGUCUCCAGCCCUUCAGCGUCUAGUAAACAGAUCAUCCAGCAAAUACACAGAUAAAGCCCUGAGGGCGAGCUACACCCCGUCACCUGCACACAGGAGCAUGGGCUCGAAGACUCCUCUCGGAGGCCCGGCCACUUCCACACCAACACCUGGGAAAACCAGAACACCAGCCACACAGGACCCGGCCUCCAUCACAGACAACCUCCUCCAGCUGCCCAAGAGGAGGAAAGCUGCCGAUUACUUCUGAGUCUAAAGACUGAACAAAAACUCGAGCACGGGCAGGGUCAAAUAUUUAUUGGUUUUAUUUUACUUCCCUUUUUUUUUUUAAACUGUGAAACUGGACUUCAUUGUAUAAGGUAAAAAGAUGUGCAACUUGCAAGACCUACAUAUCCAGUUUUUCAUUAGCAUCGACAUCAGGUGAAUCACUUUAUGCAAUCAGUUCUUUCCUGGCCUUGAUUUGUUUUGAACGAAACCGAUUCAGUCGUCCUGAAUUUUAGGAUCUUUUAUGAUGCUGAAGACCUCUUUCAAGAUAUCGGGGCACAAUAAAAAGGCGUUCUACAUAUUUGUGUGUAUUAUUUCACCAUCUGUAUUUUACACACACUUCAGUUGUUGAAUCCAUUUUUGCAAACCCAGUGAGCUUACUCUAACACAACAUAUGAUUGCAGGGUUUGACAGAAGAAAGCAGAUCGUCUUUUUUGUCAUUAGGAGUGGACUAAAACAGAUUCUUCGAAUUAUUUUCUUGAAACUAAGUUUGAACAUUGUUUUUGUAAUAUCUGUUUUUCAGUCACGCUAUGUAUUUGUAUAUAAUGCAUGUUGGUCAGAAAAACACAGAAGUAUUUCGUAAUUGCUUUACUGUUGAACUUUUCAGAAGAACCCAUGAUUGACCAUUUACCACAUAUAGUGUGACAACAAGCUUUUCUCAAUUUCCGUUUGUUGCAAUACGCUACACUUGGAAAAAUUAAAGUUGUAAAAUUUACUUUUCACUUAGAAAUUUGUAGCAAUAUUCACAAGUGAUUACAAAGAAACGGCGAUGAUUUGAAUCACGUUGAAUUCUCUUGCGAAAAUGCACCCCAGUAAUUUUUUAAGUUUAAGUAAUUUUAAUUAAGUUUUAUUUACAACUUUGAAAAAUAUAGAUGAUAAACUGUUCACUUAAUUUGUAUCUUUUUGGGGGGUUGGUAAGAUACAACAAAAAUAGAGAAUGUUUCUUGUUCUGUUCUUGUACUGUCAUGUUCUUCAAUGUUGUGCUUUUUCUUUUUUAACAUUUCUUCACAUUUUUUUAUGAAUAAAAAGUGUAAAAAGAACCGCCUAUUUUUGAAGCAGAAAAUAAAUGGACUGCAAGUGUAACUUUGGAAACAUUUCUUGUUAAAUAAAAGUAAUCUUUUUUUUUUUUAAA